AUGAAUGAUAAAAAUCUAAUAGACUCAUCCUUUGAUGUUUUAAUCAAAGUAGGUAAUAAACGACGCUUGUUCGCGAAUGACAAUACAGAUACCAAUCCUUUUAGGGACGUAAAAUUCUUGAAUAAAAUUCACGACUUUAAUCAAUAUUAUAAAGAAUUUUAUGCACAUAGUUCCAUCCUUUUGAAAAAUACGAAAUCGAAAUAUUUUUAUAACGCUAUUAUUCCCGAAAGGAAACAUGACACAUUAAAUAAUACAUUCACCGUAAAUAGCAAUGAGAAAUUAUCAACAAUUCAUCCUUGUGAUGAGAAAAAACGUAAAGAUAACGUUAAAGUUAUUAUUUUAGAAUUACCUAAUAUUGAACCAUCGAUUUUUGAAGUGAUUCUCGAGGGAAAUUUGGAUGUAGUUGAUUUUACUAAGCAAAAAAUGAUUUCAAUUCUUUUCGCAAGUUCUUUUCUAAAUUUAAAGCCUUUAAUUACUCAUCUCUUCACAAAUAAUUUCUUCGGAACCCUUCAUUCGCUAAACGCUUCUUACUUCUCUUCUAAUCUUAAUGAUAACGAAUUAGAUCAAAGAAAAUGUAUAGUCGAUCAAUUAUGUUUAGAAUAUACUUCUAACCUAUUCAUUUCAGAUGUUUAUUUAUCAUUUCACAAGGGAUUUAUUUAUGAUAUAUUGUCAUCUAAUAAUUUAAUCAUGAAUGAAUUAGAAGUUUGGACAAAACUGAUCAAGUGGGGAAUCCAUAAUUCUAAUUUAUCACCAAAAAAUUCUUCACUCGCUUCUAACGCUUUGCCAAACGAGAUGAUUAAAGGUUUUUCUAAUAAACAACUUGCGGCACUUGAAGGGAUGAUUAAAGAUUUCAUUUCAUUAAUUAGAUUUCAUCAUAUCGGAUUAGAUGAUUACUUUAAAGAGAUUGGUAAACCUUUCAAAAAUAUUUUGCCAAAGGGAUUAAAUAAAGCAAUUUUUAAAUAUCAUAUGAAGAAAGAGAUUUUUAAAAAUAUGAUUAUAUUAUCAGCAAGAUAUUAUCAACAAAUCGAUUCCACUAUUAUCGUAGGAGAACAAACUGCUUUAUUAGCUAAAUGGAUUAAAGAGUGUAAGAGUUCUAACGUAGAUCAUAAUUUUCUCACCUUAGAAGAGUUGGUAAAGGAAGAAAAACAAUUUAAAUUCAAGUUGUUGUUAAGAGGAAGUAAACAUGGUUUUGGCAUUGGUACUUUUCAUAAAAUUUGCGAUGGAAUCGAUAAUACUAUUUGUAUAAUUAAAGUUAAAAAUUCUGGUGAAAUAAUUGGAGGUUAUAAUCCAUUUUCCUGGCAGAGCUAUUAUAGAUUUGGAUUUCAAACCUACCCUUAUAGAGGUUAUAAUGUCCCUUGUUCAUCAAGUUUUCUUUUCUCCUUAAAUAAUAAUAACAUUCGACACGAUAAUCAUUCUACUAAAAAUAUAUUAAGCAAAGUUAAGAAAAAUCAUAUUUCUGAGGCGAUCUACUAUUCUCAAAUUAACGGACCAAAAUUUGGUAGGCAUGAUUUAUACUUAAUGAACAAGUCAAUGUCCUAUAAUCGAUCAAUUCAUGAUAAUAAAGAGAAAUUGGUUGGUUAUUGUAAACAAUAUUCUUAUACUCAACAAAUUAUCGACAAACCUUUCUUGGAAAUUGAAGAUUAUGAAAUAUUUCAAGUAAUAAUUGAUGUAUAA